GUGAAGCGUUGGUAGCGGUAUGAGGCUCUCUACCGUGGAGCUGGGGUGAGGACACCGGGGAGGGGAUCAUGUGGAGGCGGCGGUGCCGCGGUGCGAGAAGGGGAGGAGGUCGUCGUCGUCGCGUCGCCAGUUGCUAGUUUGCCGUGAGCGCUCGUGACGCGAGGACGUUCUGUGAACAGAGCAGCGAGCCCGGAGCUCUCCGAUCUCCCGCUGUGAACGACACAGGAAACGAGCGUGCAGGCAGCCAACGAUUGCGCGAACAGAUCUUUUUCCGAACAAACGAUUCAUCGGGAAACAGACGAGAGCAGCGGCUACAGUGCGAAAGCAUACCUCGUAAUCCCUUCGGUUUCUUCAUCGAUAGACAAGCACUGUUUUUACUUGAAAAAACGUAGACUGUUUAUUGCGAUUUUCGUAUUUCUCAUUGACGGAAAUAUUAGUGUACAAGAGACAAUUGGUCGAUCAAAGUUGGAAGAUCAGUCGAUCACGCCUGUCCGAUCGGAAUGCUCCAAAGUUCAGACGAACCAGCUGAUCGUGAAACCAUCUUACUAGUUUGAUUUGUACUUUGUGGGAUUGUCUUGUGCGCGUUUAUCGCGUCGUGACGUGAAUAUAGAAGAGCGGGAGAGAAAGACAGCUGACAAACAUCGCGUGAGGAGGAGUGAGUGAAAAAAAAAGUCGGAAUAACGUAAAGGAGAAGGAACUCGCUUCGUUUCGGAGUAGACGGAUACUCUUCCGGUCAUUCCGGUUGCGCGCGGCGCCUGUUUUAAUCUCGCGCGGCGCCGACACCUGCUACCGCGACAACCAACUGCGCGGGAGGUUUUGUCGCGGAACUUUCGUGGCGCCGCCGUGUACCGUGUGCGGUGUGCGCGGGGUGACAGCUUAAAGUUCGCACGAGCGCAAGGUGGAACGGAGUGCGCGGGCGCGCGCGCGUGCGACAUAAAGGAAGACAGAGAGAGGGACAGAAAACGAAACACGAAACUCGCUCCGAGAAAGUUUACUCGCGACGUGCCGGUCGCUCCGGAAAGAACACCUCAUUCCCUACGCGCUCGCUCCGCGUGCCAGAGGAAGCCGUCAAGCGGAAGCGAAGAAAGGAGACAGAAGAGGAAACGAAGAGGGAACGGCGGCGGGAUAGAGAGAAAGAGAGAGAGCACUCGUCACCGCGUGCGCUCGUCUAUCGUUCAUUGUCAACCUCCCCCGCCUCGCUUCCCCCGCCUUUGUGUUCCUCGCUGUGAUCGUCGCUGUGCCUUCGGGUGGACGCUUAUGGCUCGCCAGUAGGAGGGAAAAACAGGCGGAAGAGCGUAGGACAGAGAGACAGGAGGAGAGACAGGAGGACAGAGGCGGACAGUCGGAUAGAGACCGGCCAGGCAGAUAUUUCCCGCUCCGCGAAGGGGGGGCAGAGAGGGCACCCCGGAGAACUGAAUAUGUCCGCCAAGCGAAAGGCCACUGCCAUCAUGCAGCACCACAAGGAGAACAUCUCGACCCCGGAGCCCGCCGACAUAUCCGAGGACGAUCACUACCCAAGCGCGCUCAUGAAAGACCCGGAUAAGCUGAAGCUGAUGCUGCUCGCAUGGAAUUACAAUCUUCAAGCGGCACAGGUCCAGGCUGCCAACGCGGCUCUCUCGCCAAAUAACUCGUCGACUACCACCGCUACCACUGUUGGCACACCGGUCACCAGCCAAUCGGCCAUUUCCACGGCAAACAACACCAUUAACAACUCUACACUUACAGAUUCCCGAAACGGUUCCUCGGAGUUGGUGGACAUGCCAGCGGGAAUUGUCCCGAAUCUAAGCGCCGUGGCGGGUGUCGGUGGCGAAGACAUGGCCUCCUUGUGGGCAUCUUACGCCAUGACUUUUAAGAAAACGCCGCCACCAGCAUCGGCGGCAACGCCCUCGCGGUCGGAUCGCGAUCGAGAGUCCAGUCCGCCCGGUGGCGAGGGGACGGGAAGCGCCCACGAUGAGACCAGCAGUAGUGGCAACAAGGAAGACGAGGACGACGAUGAUAUAGACGCGGACGAGGGACUGGAUCCGAGACACCACGAUCCAGAACGUCUCAAGGCGUUCAACAUGUUCGUGAGGCUGUUCGUCGACGAGAACCUGGAUCGCAUCGUGCCGAUCUCGAAGCAACCGAAGGAGAAGAUACAGGCGAUCAUCGAUAGUUGCACGAGACAGUUUCCCGAAUUUGCCGAGAGGGCCAGGAAGAGGAUUCGAACGUACUUGAAGAGCUGUCGGAGAAACAAGCGCGGCAGGGAGGGCCCUUGGGACGCCGCCAGACCCACGCCGGCACACUUGACCUCCGUGCAGGCCGAGCAGAUUCUGGCAACGGCCUGCGAAAACGAGAGCGAGAACGCGAAACGCAUGAGAGUCGGUCUGGAGCCAGUGUCGCAGCCCAUGCCAACUCUUCCGGCCGCAACGCAAACGGACGUUCGAUCGAGUUUGGAGCACUUCUCGAGCACACCGGUUAAAUCACUUCCGUGUGCGAAGAGGGAGGACACCCCUCCGGCAUCGUUAACGUCCCUGGCACCGUUGACCAGUUUGGCGAACUUACCGAACAACACCAUUGCCUCCACGCCGCUGUCGAUCGCAUCCGCGUCAAAGCUGCUCACAACAGACAACAAGAGUCUCAUGAGCCAAUCGACGAUAGUCAGUUCGACGGUGAAUGGUGUCGCCAGUGGCGGUGCACCAACGAUGUACAGACCCAACUUCAGCCAAGCGUUCCAGCGUGCCGGGCCCACAACGGUACCGCCGACCCUCUCGGCCGGGCUAUACCCGACUCAAAGUUUUACAUCGAGCUUACUAAGCAACGGUAUACAAAGUAAUACUGAUUAUUGGUGUACUCUGUAUCCUUUCCUUUUGAGCUCCUCUUUCAAUCAUUUGCACAACAAUGCAGGACCGACGGACCUUAGCAUGAAGAACCCACCAAAGCCUGCUCUGCUAAGUCACAAACUGAACUCGAUGGAAUUGACCGCGGUGAAGCAACUGAUAGGUGGAUAUCGAGAAUCAGCUGCCUUUCUGCUCAGAUCCGCCGAUGAACUGGAGCAACUGUUGCUCCACCAACCAUAGAGCUACGUUUAUUUGGCCAGCGUUCGGCAGCUUGGCUCGUAGUCACAACGAUCGGCGGGAAAGCGAGUAUUCAUACAUACACAGCGUCUGUGAGAGCAUCGAGAGUAACGUCGGAGUCAGCCGUGGACCGCUCUUCCUUCAAGGCUGUUUAUAUCGCUACUCUGUCGGCAACUCCGUGGCUCGACACACGAACUUAUCUUUUGCUGUAUAACGGUCCUCUUGGGCGAACUAAAUUGUAUUCGAUCCGAUAAAAUGGGAGUGCAAGAUUAUAGAUUUAAAUGUCGAAAUUUUAAAUUGACGAAACAAGUUUGAGGGAAUAAUUUGCGAAAUUAAUUGGAAAUAUGCUUUAUUGUACGUAAGGAGAUUGUUUUCGACGAAAGUCGAGAGGCUAUAAUCGCGACGAAAAAUUCAUAUUGAAGAAGUCACUGUAUGCGGAUUCAUCGUUAUAGGCGCCAAAAAAAAAAAGAAAAAAAAACAGAAGAGAGUUCCAUAUACAUAACGAAUAAUUGCAUACUUCAUUAUGCGCGUCGUCGCGAUACUUCUAAUUCUAGGAUUAAGGAAACUACUCGAACAGGGUGUACAUAAAAAGAUAUUUACUUAAUUACCGAUAAGCUUAAAGGAUGCGGCGAGCUAGGAUGCGUGCGCUAGUUUAAGGGAAAAAAAAAAAAAAAAAAAUACAGUUGAAAACGGAAGAAGCUUCCGGACGACAAGUCAUUCGGAAGUGUGUGCUAUUUUCUAACGAGGAUGAAAACGUUUCCGGAAGUUCUUCUCUACGGUCGGGAGACGCGCUUGCAUUUUUUCCUACUCAGAUUUGUAAGCUUCGAAAAAUCGUUCGUGAGAGUUCCAUAAAUCUGCUGCAAAUAUAUUUAACCGUUUUCGACGACGGCCGACAAAAAGCUGUCGCGUGUUCUUACAAGACGGUAAUUUCACUAAUCUGUUUGUUGUCGUUAUGUACAUAUGACGUAAAUGAUAUAUGAUGAAACUAGUUACUUUCGUGCGCGAGAAAACGUGAUUAAUUCACGUUGACGGAACAGCGCCAUUUACUUCGAGAGUGGCGUACGAGCGUCUGAUGAAUUGAAUUGAGAUACGAGAGCUGCGUGAUAAGAAAAAUUUGAAUUUCAAAGGGAUUAUCGAAAUGAUCGAUUUCUCGCCAUUUUUGAAGUAAAUGGUGGCUCACAGAUCUAGCUUUUACGACAGUCAUACGUGUAUAUAGAGAGAAAAUGCGUCCGCGCAUUGAUACACGUGUACAUAAAUAUGUAGGUCGCAAGACAAGAUGGAUUUUUUUAUUGGCGACGCGUCUCAGUGGCCUCGUCAGUGGAGAUUAAACUAGCUAAUCAAUUAACGAUAACUAUGUACAACGUCGUAAUAUAGUUAGACCAUAGUCGUUUCGGAAGCGGAGGAGCGUAGUGAUCGAGAGUAUAAUAUCGGGACCAUCUUGUCACGAUCGGACAAUACGUCACAACCGUAUUCGUGGUCUCCGGACGCAUCACUGUGUUACCAAAGAACACUAAUUAUUAUGGGUAAUGUACGUAUAGUACUACUUAAGGGUCGCGUUCUUCUUCAUCUUCUUCUUUCCGUUAUUCUUUUCAACGACGACACUUCUUCUUUCACGAAAGCGCGAAAUCAUUUUCUCCAUCGACUAAUCGUACGAAGAUAGAUAUAAACGCCACUGUACGUGGCUUGCUAUACAGUCGUUUCAUAUUAUUCUUUUUUAUUUAUCAUUAUUACUGACAUUAUUACCGCUAUGCAAUAUUAAUAAUUUUAUCAUUAUCAUUAUCAGCAUCGUUAUUACCGUCACGAUUGUCACUGUCACUGAAUAUUAUUGACAUAUUGCGAAUCGAAGAAUCGCGAGAAGGUAGUACGAAUAGUUUAUUCUGUUCUCCAACGUCAUUUUCCACGGAAAGUUUCCGCUUGUUAAGUCUACUUUGUCGUUGUUUUGUACAUAGUUUAUAUGCAUACAUUAUAAGGAGCGCAUAUGAAGAUUGCGAAAAUUAAGUUGCUUAACUAAUUAGAUACAAAGAAGAGUAUAUAUAUAUAUAAAUAUAUAUGUAAAUGCAAAAUAUCUUUAUGCGAACGAUUGCUGAUUGCUGUCACCGUCGAACUCCAAGCGCAGAACAUUCCAAUGAAAGAAAACAGAAGAGUAGAUAAAGGAAAAGGACGAAUAAGAAAAAUAUAGGGAAAGAAUUUCAUUAAAGAGGAAGAAAGAAAGAGUGCGAGAGAGAGAGAGAGAGAGAGAGAGAGAGAGAGAGAAUGUAUGCAUGUACGUGUGCGAUCAUUGAACAUGCGCUCAUCGAAGAUUUUAUGGGAAUCACGACUUUCAAUUGACCGACAAUAGUCGUACUUCCAUUUUCCUUUUCCGCUUGCGAACAAAUCGCCGCGAGGUAACGCGCCUGAUCGUCCCGCGCGAUCAAAAUCACAAAUACUGUUCGCGGCACUUUAGUAAGAGAGGAUCGAAUAAAGCGUUUCGUCAAUUGGAACUAAUUCUUAUCAAUCAUUUGAAACUCCAAGUACUUGCGAAGAUGGUACACACCACCGCCGCCGCCCUCCCCGCGAAUGCAAUUUCUCAUAGGACUCGUCUCGUUAAUCGACACACAGUGCAAUAGUCUAUAGCGAUACCGUUGUUCUACCGUAUUAUUGUCAAUCGUCGUCACGAUCAUGCUUCUGUCAUGCACGACAUAUACAAAUAGUCUCAGCUCAGCCACAUUACCCCCCCACCCCUCCCGCCCCUACCUUUCUCCACGCUGUCCCCUUGGUUUCAAGCAGGCAUCACACUUCUUCAUGGAUAUUAACAGUUACUGGACAAGUUCAUAAUCUUACCACUAGCAUCGUACAUUUAUACGUAAUUCACCUCAGAUCUUCGUAGCCAUACACAUCGCGAGGGCCGAGCUCCGUUUUGCGUACCACAUGUUUCUCCCUCCCCCUCGAAUCCGAUGACCAAUAAUGUUCAACUGCGCGUUCUGCUAAUAAUUAAUAUGAUUAUAUACCUCGAAAUGAAUCUAGGGUUUGCGGAUUCGUGACAUUCGAGACAGUAAUCGAAAAGAAUUCAUUGUAAAUAUUAUUUUCGACUAAGUGCACGGAAAAAACGAUUUCGUUGAUGUGUCCAAACAUUUAGCUGGAUACAGAUCUAAAAAUAAUUUUAUUGGACCAUCGGAAUAAUUGUGAUGGAUGUUCAAGCGUGACGAGCAAUGCUAUAAAAAUUGACAUGCAAUUCAAUUUGAGAGUUUCCAACAUAAUUAUUGCGAUGGUCUAGUAAAAUUAUUUUCAGAUCUGUAUUCAACUACAUUUUUAAAUACUUUAGCAAAAGCGUUCUUUCCGUGUGAGAAUCGAAUCCAAAUAAAAAUCGAAUUGAGCCUGUCAUCGAUAAUUGUUGCUCUUUUCGCAACUCGACUGAUUCGAAAAACCUGAAUCUAACGUAUGUACAUCCGGGAAUACGAAAUAAAAGGAAAAGGGAAAGACGAAGGAGACGAGACAGAGGAGAAAUUUAUGGAGACCGAAGAAACGUGCGACAACCACUCUGUUCUUCUUUCUUUUCCUACGUUCGAUAAAAAAGUAUCCGUCGUGUACCUUAAUUCGCCUACGCGGAAGUGCAGAUCUACUGUUCAUAUAUAGUCGCGAAUCGAUGUAUAUUGAUUAAAGAAAAAAAAAAUAUGUAUUUGUUCCUAAAGAAAUAUUAAGAGUAGUAAUAUACCGUAAAAGAAUAUUAAUAUUAAUAGUAAUGAUAACGAUAAUUUGAUGGUACAUACUUUCUUAUAAGUAACAUUACACAUUACUACGAUUAUUGUAGAGUUGGUACGGUUCUUGAGGAUGCCUUGCCUGUAAAUGUAACAUACGUUAAAUGAAAAAAAAUCUUAUUAUCUUGUAAAUGUUUUACCAAAUAUAAUCGAUUAUUCAACUUA